AUGUUGUUUUUGAGAAGCCCCAUCUUUACACACAUCAGAGAUCUCACACAGGGGAUAAGCCGUAUUCUUGUCCUGAGUGCGGGGAAUGUUUUUCACAGAAGUCCAAUCUUUAUAGACAUCAGCAAUUUCACACGGGGGAAAAGCCAUAUUCUUGUUCUGAGUGUGGAAAAUGUUUUUCAGAUCAGUCCCAUCUUUACAGACAUCAGAGAUCUCACACGCGGGUGA